CGGGCACGCCUUGUACGGCCACGCCACUGUAAUAACCAGUCGCUUCGCUGUUUCCCUCUCCAUUUCCAGAUAAAAACCGACUGUACCGGUCACUAACGUCGUCUCACCGCCGUUAGCAACCAAGCAUCCUCUAUCACUCACUCUCUCUCUCUCGUAAUAAAAACUCGUUUCCCCUCUUUUUUAACUGAUCACGCCAAAAGUCCCCCUUCUAUUCCAUGUUCUGCUAUUCUUCUCUCACUCUCUCCCUUCCCCACUCUCAUUCAUAGCCAGCAAAUGUAGCUUUUCUUCCCUACGUUACAAAAAACCCCACUGAUGCAUUCCUCCUAGAAAGAGCUUAUUUCGUUUUGGUGUCUUCUCUACUUUCUCUCUCUCCAUGGAGGGAUUCUUCCAGAUGAAGCAGCUUUUCUUUCUUGCUUUCAUGGCGUUGGUUUUGUCAUUUUCUCCUUCCGUUUCUAGUCUCGCUGACGAAGGGAAAACACUCGUGUCCAUCAAGGCGUCGUUUAGCAACGUUGCUAACGUGCUCCUCGACUGGAAUGCUGAUGGCAACGAAGAUCACUGCUCCUGGCGCGGGGUUGCUUGCGACAAUCUCUCCUUCGCCGUCGUCUCUCUGAAUCUCUCGAAUUUGAAUCUCGGCGGGGAGAUUUCGCCAGCCAUUGGGGAUUUACAGAGCUUACAGGCACUAGAUUUGAAGGGGAAUCAGCUGACCGGGUCAAUCCCUGAUGAGAUCGGCAACUGCGUUUUGCUGAAAUCUCUGGAUUUAUCCGGUAACUUGCUAUAUGGAGAUAUUCCGUUCUCGACAUCUAGGCUCAAACAGCUUGAGGAAUUGACAUUGAAGAACAAUCAGUUAACAGGGCCUAUUCCUUCAACCCUUUCACAGAUGCCAAAUCUCAAAACUCUGGAUCUUGCUCAGAAUCAGCUCACUGGUGACAUUCCAAGGCUGAUUUACUGGAAUGAAGUAUUGCAGUAUCUCGGGUUGCGGGGGAAUUUGCUGACGGGAACACUGUCUCCUGAUAUGUGCCAAUUGACUGGUCUAUGGUACUUUGAUGUGAGGGGCAAUAACCUCUCAGGAACCAUACCGGAUAACAUUGGGAAUUGUACGAGCUACGAAAUCCUGGAUAUUUCUUACAAUCAAAUCACUGGAGAGAUUCCUUACAACAUUGGUUUCCUGCAAGUAGCUACAUUGUCUCUUCAGGGAAAUAGGCUUACUGGGAAGAUUCCAGAAGUGAUAGGACUCAUGCAAGCUCUCGCUGUUUUGGAUUUGAGUGAGAAUGAGUUAGUCGGGACAAUUCCACCAAUUCUAGGCAAUCUGUCCUAUACUGGCAAGCUGUACCUACACAGUAACAAGCUCACUGGGCCAAUUCCACCAGAAUUGGGGAACAUGUCCAAGCUAAGCUAUCUGCAAUUGAACAACAAUGAACUGGUAGGUAGCAUUCCGGCUGAGCUUGGACAGCUGGAGGAGUUGUUUGAAUUGAAUCUUGCCAACAACAACCUUGAAGGACCGAUUCCUCGGAACAUCAGUUCCUGCACUGCACUGAAUCAAUUUAAUGUUCACGGCAACCGAUUGAAUGGUUCCAUUCCAUCUGAAUUCCAGAAGCUGGAGAGUCUAACAUAUCUAAACUUCUCUUCAAACAAUUUCAAAGGGUGGAUCCCUGUUGAGUUAGGGCGCAUAAUCAAUCUUGAUACGCUAGAUCUUUCCAACAAUGAUUUUUCGGGACCUGUUCCAGCGUCUGUUGGCGAUCUUGAGCACCUUCUUCAACUAAACCUGAGCCGGAAUCAUCUCAAUGGCCCUGUACCUGCAGAAUUUGGGAAUCUCAGAAGCGUUCAAGUCAUUGAUAUCUCAUAUAACCAACUUUCUGGUGCGAUCCCUGAGGAAUUGGGCCAGCUGCAGAAUAUAGAUGCACUGAUUUUGAACAACAACAAUUUACAUGGGGUUAUACCUGCUCAGUUGACAAAUUGUUUCAGCCUAGCCACUCUGAACCUCUCAUAUAACAACUUAUCAGGAGAUAUUCCUCUCUCUAAAAACUUUUCAAGGUUUCCUGUUGAAAGUUUCUUAGGAAAUCCGCUAUUAUGCGGUAACUGGCUGGGAUCCAUCUGUGGAAUGUAUGCCCGUGAAUCCAAAGGUAUAAUCUCCCGAGCAGUGGUUGUCUGUAUAACAUUGGGCUGCAUCACAUUAUUAUCUGUGGUGAUAGUGGCAAUUUACAGAUCGAACCAACCCAAACAGUACAUCAAAGGCUCAAACAAAACAGUGCAAGGUCCCCCAAAACUGGUUAUCCUUCACAUGGAUAUGGCAAUUCACACAUAUGAUGAUAUCAUGAGAAUUACUGAAAAUUUGAGUGAGAAAUACAUUAUUGGUUAUGGUGCAUCAAGCACCGUAUAUAAGUGCGUGUUGAAGAACUCGAAGCCUAUUGCCAUCAAGAGGCUCUACACUCAAUAUCCCCAUAAUCUGAAAGAGUUUGAAACUGAACUUGAAACCGUCGGCAGCAUCAAGCACAGAAAUCUUGUCAGCUUGCAUGGCUACUCACUCUCCCCCAAUGGCAAUCUGCUCUUCUAUGAUUACAUGGAAAAUGGUUCCCUCUGGGAUCUUCUUCAUGCAGGCCCGUCAAAGAAGGUGAUGCUUGACUGGGAUACAAGGCUGAAAAUAGCAGUGGGUGCUGCUCAAGGGCUAGCUUAUCUACACCACGACUGUAAUCCCAGGAUCAUCCAUAGAGAUGUCAAAUCCUCAAACAUUCUGCUGGACGAGAAUUUUGAAGCUCACCUAUCAGAUUUUGGCAUUGCCAAAUGCAUUUCCUCUUCUAAAACCCACGCCUCUACUUAUGUGAUGGGUACAAUAGGAUAUAUUGAUCCUGAGUAUGCUCGGACCUCUCGGCUAAAUGAGAAGUCUGAUGUUUACAGCUUCGGUAUCGUACUUCUCGAGCUACUAACUGGAAAGAAGGCUGUCGACAAUGAGUCCAAUUUGCAUCAGCUGAUCCUUUCCAAAGCAGAUGACAACACAGUCAUGGAUGCUGUUGACUCUGAGGUGUCCAUAACGUGCACAGACCUCAACCUAGUGCGUAAGACCUUCCAGCUCGCAUUACUAUGCACAAAGAGGCACCCGUCUGAUAGACCCAGCAUGCAUGAGGUCGCACGUGUGCUGGUCUCCCUGCUGCCCACACCUCACUCUAAACCAUGCUUGACGCCAGCCAAAGUCAUUGACUAUACUCGCUACAUUGUCGACAAGGAAGGGAAGCAGCAUGGGCACCGGGAGAACAGUUCGUCUGAUGCACAGUGGUUUGUGAGGUUUGGUGAAGUCAUAUCCAAAAGCACCCUUUGAACACUCCAUCUUCCCAAGGAAGGAAAAGGUCUCCAAAUUUUGUUAUUAUACAACAAAAAAGAGCACUAACAUAGUUUUUGUUUGAACUCUCCUUGGAUCGGGCUCCUCUUUCUGCCUGCGUUUGGGUUACAGGAAGUUGUCCCCGCGGUCUUUUGAACACUGGGUGUAGUUUGAACUACAUGUCGGUGGGCCUGCACCAAGUUUUUGAUUUGUUUUCAUCUGCUGCAUGUGAAAUUUUACAUACAUUGCUAGAUUGAUGCUAUAAUGCUCUGAUGAUACCUUUCUACCACCUGUGAUCUUUCAGCAAUCCAAGUUUUAUGUAUGUGCUUGGCGUAGAAAAUGGUACAUUGAUGGAGUUGUGCUUGCAAUGUGCAGUUUGUCUUGAACCUUGCACAUGCUUGUGGUGGUUUCAACAGUUUUGUUUCAUUUGUUGGGAUCACGUGGAUUGUGACCAUAGGCAACCAAUGGAGGGAUCUGUAUUUAUGUACUCAUCUUGUGCUCAUGUUAUGCU